UGAAAUGAUGGGACAAGCUGGUCCUCCUCCCCCUGGAGGCAGAAAGGUGGAGCCUGCUAUCGGCACCCUCAUCUAACUAGCCCCAGAGGUAAUUGCUCUGGGUUUUCUCUGACACCCUGAGAUUUCUCUCCAGGGCUGUGCACGGGCCGAGCCCCACUCACCCGAAGGAGCAGGAGCCUGGAGACAGCUUAAUUGCUCAAACCCGGACAGUUCCCCAGCAUCCCGCCACGACGUGCCCGAGCUUCGAGACGGUGUGAUCCAUAUACCUGAGCACCUGUUGGAGCCCAGGAGCCUCUACUGUGGAGGGUCUCCAAGCAAGCUUCAGGGUCUCUCCCUUGGCCUGUAGCUUGCUGAUCCAGCCGGGCUACCUGACCAGCAAGUCCUAGGUUCUGCCUAUCUCUGUCUUCCCAGCUGGAAUUGCACCCAGAAGAGCCCGGAAGAGAGCAGAGGGCACAGCCAGUUCCAAUGUCUUCUCGAUGUUCGACCAGUCCCAGAUUCAGGAGUUUAAAGAGGCCUUCACUAUCAUGGACCAGAACCGGGAUGGCUUCAUCGACAAGGAGGACCUGAGGGACACCUUUGCCGCGCUGGGUCGCAUAAACGUCAAGAACGAGGAGCUGGAAGCCAUGGUGAAGGAAGCUCCAGGGCCCAUCAACUUCACAGUCUUCCUGACCAUGUUUGGGGAGAAGCUCAAGGGCACGGACCCCGAAGAGACCAUCCUGCACGCCUUCAAGGUGUUUGACACUGAAGGAAAAGGCUUCGUCAAGGCUGACUUCAUUAAGGAAAAACUUAUGACUCAGGCUGACCGGUUCAGUGAGGAGGAGGUCAAGCAGAUGUUUGCAGCUUUCCCGCCAGAUGUCUGUGGCAACUUAGACUACAGGAAUCUGUGCUACGUCAUCACACACGGCGAGGAGAAGGACUAGAAGAUGUGCUCCCUCUACACCUGGAGUCGGCCGGGACUGGCUGCCUCGGGGCACCCGUGCAAGGCUCCUUCCUGUUACCAGCAUGGGCAGGGGAAGCAGUCUCCAUCACCCUCGGAGUCUGGAGCUGAAGCGGGAAUAAAUAACACAGAGAUGU